AUGCAUAGUAAUUAAAUACAUGACAAAAACAGUUUGAAUGCACAUAUUUCUAUCGCUCCACGAUUGUUUGGCGGAUUUAUGAUUGGAUUGUUGUUAAUUGUGAUAUUGAAAACACCGCCAUUUAUUACACUUCCUGUAAAAACAGACCGUCCCGAUGUCUGUUGUGCACAUGUGUUUGAUUGUUGGUACACGCUUGGGACACGGAUCUGACCUCCAUCAUUGGGAUUAGUGUUACAAAGCAUGGAGAAAAUGUUACGAUUUUGUGCAAUCGUCAUUGCCCGGUAAUUGUUUAGUGAAUUAGGAUUUUUGUGUCCGGUGAUUUGUACGGCUUGUGUGUCCGGGAUGUCGUUUUCCAGGAGUUUCUGACAUAGAUGUUUCCUGACAGAAGUGUUUUGCAUUGUGUAGACCAUUGUUGGUUGUGUAAUAAUGCAGCUGACAUCGCCACCUGUCGGAAAACCACAACAACAUGCAAUGCUGGUGAGGAAUGUUUUCUAGAAAACUUCAUCAACAGCCUAGCACAAACUCGGUACAAUGCCGGAUGCCGCACCCAAGCACUUUGCAGAGUCAUGGAAGUUGUGUCACACGGUAAAAGAAGUGCAGAUCCAUGUGGACAAUGUUGUACAGGACCAGGAUGUCAGGAGCAUCUUUGUGGAUCUCCAUCAGUUGCGGAGACAAACUAUAGGUGCCUGGACUGUGCCAGUGUUUCUAGCUCAGGUUCCUGUACACAACGUAUCACGUGUCAGGACACGGAGGUGUGUAGUAACAGCGUUUCUGCAGACGGUGCAUUUCUCCGAUAUUCCUUUGGAUGUGAACAGAAACAUAUUUGUGCAGAAUUCGCUGCACAUGGUCGCCGUAGUGCUAUAACCAUAUGUUCGUCAUGUUGUGUUGGAGAUGAAUGUAACAAGGCCGAUUGCUUUCAACUGGCACAAAAUAUGACGCGAGAAAUGUUUGGGCGAUAACACUGUUGUAUUUGAGUUCAGUGUCUUCACAUUAAA